AUGAUACCCUUGGGCUUCCUGGCAUACCUCUUUCUGAUUCCAAUCCAAACCAAACUUCAGGCAUGUUUGUUGGACCAGACAACACCACUUUGCGUUGCGAAUCGCCAUCAGCUGUCUUUGCCUGGACAUCAUGGGAGCAACAAUGAAGAAGAUACCUUUUCAUCACUGCUGCAGGGCAUGGGCAUACCCGAGUCUUCUUGUGACACUAUUCUGGAAGAGCUCGUUCAAGUGGGGUUGCUCGAAGACAGGAAAUCCAAUGCACAGACCCUUCUGCUGAUGGCACAGGAUUUUGAGCAGCGACCAGAAUCAUUUUCGACAAUACUCAUAUCAGACUUUGGUUUGCCCCCAUUGAUUGCUCAUCAAGUCCGGGCCGUUGUCAUGGCCCAGCUUCGUGGGAGUAGUGUCAAAGUGGGCGAUGCUUCCAGGAGUAUACCUAGUGAUCUCCCUCUCAAAGAAGCUGAAUCCAGUGUUACCAACAAGGUGAAAACUAAGGAAACAUCACUUUCAGCAGCACUUCUUGGACCAGUCAAUGGUAGCAAGAACAAUAUCAAUAGCACAAAGGAAAAGUCUGACGAAAGCAAAUAUAUCAAUGGAGACAGGGAAGGAAAAUCAAGUGAACCAGCGCCAAGAGCAAUGUUUAAAUCCGUGGUCGUCAACGCAAGGGCAAAAGAAAGGAGGACCAAGGUAUCUGACGAUGGCAAUGAAUACGACUAUGGACUGCCGUCUGACUAUGAAAACAGGUUUCCCACCAUUGCCUCCGAAUUGCAAGACUUUUACUCCUUCAUGACGAAACCUGCCACUUCGUCGCAGGAACCAACCAUCCGUCCGGCGACUGCAGUUGUGUACUUGCGGCAUGCCAAGUUGUUCCUCGGAUGGUAUGCGACAACCCACAACUUUACAGAGGUCGACAAUGGCAAGCUUUCCUUGUACAAGAUUUUCCCCAACAAGCAAAAGAGCUCUGCCGAUCCCAUUCUCAGUUUCGUUCUUUGGCUACGAUCCUCCAGAAAGAUUUCGGUCUCUUAUGAAGCCAAUGUGCUGCGAGGCCUCACCAAGUUGUUAAAGUUUCGUUUCUCCCAGGAGAGUCAAUCCGAUCCUGCCUAUGGCGAAAAGUCAUUUGAUGACAUUCCCCUCAUUCGAGAGAUUCGCAUGUUGCACCGCGAUGCCAACAACCGACAAAAGGUGGCUCCUCGUUCCAGUGACGAAAAGCAAAAGUGGCUAUCCUGGCCCGAGUAUUUGAAUGUUGUAACUGCACUGCUCACCGAGCUCUCAGGCAUGCUUGAGGAAUAUCACCAAGGAAGCAAAAGUACCACCACCAUAGGAGCCAAAAAGAAGAUUGCGGUACUCUUUCAAAAGUAUCUCAUCUUGGCCAUCUUUGCGUCUGUGCCCGACCGUCAGCGCACGUUGCGAGAGUUGGAGAUUGGAAGGAACUUUCAAAAGGAUGACACCACCGGUUGCUGGUGUAUCCGACAUGCAGCCGAAGACUACAAGACGGGCAAAGCGUACGGAGAACGACCGCCUCUACAAUUGGCAGAACACUUGACACCUUGGGUGGAUGGCUUUCUGGAGCAUUGGCGUCCUCACCUGUCUCCCGUUUCGGACACGCUCUUCGCGCAGAGUCGAACCGGGAAACCACUGACACAGAAUUCUGUCUAUCAGGUUGUCAGUCGAUGCUGUUGGGAUAAGGCUGGAAAGCGUACCAAUCCACACCUCUUGCGUGACAUGUUGGUGACCCAUGUCCGAGAAUCGAAUGCCAGUGAGAAAGAGCUGGAGGCGCUGGCCUUGUAUAUGGGUCACAGCAUCCAGAUGCAGCGGUCAUCGUAUGAUAGGCGCACAUUGACCAAGAAGGUUGCGCCAGCUGUUCAAUUGAUGCAGUCGAUCAAUGGAGACCUCUCCAAGGAGGAUGGCUGA